GGGAUGAAACAAAUCGUCAUUAAAUUUUAUUUCAAGACACACUCAGAGUUCCAUGUCAAGUAAACGUGCCUAGAGCACGCAACAGUACUGUUAGAUAUACAAUCUGACACGUGGUCACAUUGCAGCGCAAAACUUUACAACGAGCAGUAGAUUCUUUCCAAAUCCUAAUAUAUCAUACCAUAUUGGCAAUUAAAAUGUGUUUGCUGAUGCAUUAACUACGACCACUAUAAUAAACGAAAUCGAUCGUUUCAAGUGCCAUGAGAUGACAUAAUACACUGACCCUUCUUAUCGAUCUUAAACAAAAAGGCAAGUCCUGCUUAUUUUGCAAGCGUGAAACAAAUUCAGAAUGCUACAAAAAUGUACAUAAACUACAGUCAUUACUGCAGUGAGCUUAGUGUGAUGCUGAAGAAUGAGAAAGAUAGAAACAUAAAAGGAGGGAGAGGGAGAUAUACCUCAGAAAUUUCAUGCCCGACAUUGCGAACAUGGAUAACUUUAGAGGGCUCAGUCAUUUCGAGUAAAGCCUGCAGAAGAUUGAAACCACAAUUAAUCCACAAGCUCCACGACUAAGAACAACGCAAGUAAUGACCCCUGCUGCUUCCUCUUGGAGAGGAAAAAUAAACACACACUCUAAUAACUAACAUCCCACUUCAGUGUGAUUCAUUCUGAGAUGCACUACCAAUCAAGUACCCAAAAAAGGCGACAAAUCCCAGAAUCCCAAACAAAAUAAACAGAGACACCAAGAAUCAAGCUUUCGAGUUGACAACAACCCCCCAGUUGAAACAAACAACCAUACUUCGCCCAGUCACUCAAAACACCAUCAACCAUUCAUGUCAAGAAACCAUCCCACAACAUUCCCCCCACGAACUACCUAAUUCAGCUCGCCCUUUGCGCGAAAAUUCAAAACCCUAGAAGAGCUUUCCCCAUCCGAAAGCAGAACAGAGACGAACAAGAACAUGAAAAAAGAGAAAAGAACAAAACUUUAGCGCGAAACCGGAACAGCAAUCAGUAUUGGCGGUUCCGGGAAGCUGUAACCCAACCAAUCCCCACACCCCAAGCACAUAAGCCCACCAUUGAAUUUCUAUCAAGAAACAGAACACGAGUGUACAAGGCGCAGGAAGGAGGAGGAGAUGACGACGAAAGACAAGAAACAGGAGGAGAUGAAGCUGCGCGGCGAGAUGAGAUGGGAAUAUACCGAAAGAGGAGAGCUUGCCUACGAGAGAGCGACCGAGUAAGAGAGAGGCAGAGAGACCGAGGUCAGGAGAUGUGAUGUAAUAGAAAGAAAGGACGGAAGAAGGGAAUUAGAUCGAGCGUCUGCUAAUGGCUAAAGCUAAAAAGCUAAGGGUAAGGCAAAGGUCCGUCCGUCCGUCCGUCCUUAGUCUCUCUCUACUCUUAUAAUCUCUACCCUAUUCUUCUCUUUCCCCAUCUCUAAACUCUCCUAUGUGAUUGCUUCAAACUUUCAUACAGCGUACUUCGAGUCUUUCGAAUAAGGUUUGACGGUGGUGGGGGACCCUGGCCUUUUGUAGUUUUGCCGGCCUGGUUUCAUAUAUUGGAUUGCCAUUUGGGUCUUGGGAGGAUAGUUCUUAUCCGACCUAAAUUUUGGCAAAGUCUUUCGAAAAUAAGUUAUGAGAAAUACUGCAAAUGUGUUUCAUUGAAUAAAAUUUGAUUUAUGUUGUUCAUUUCGAGUUAGAAUGGUAUGAUGGUCCAAUAUGACCACAUGACUAAGUAGGUUAAGUUUAUGUGUAAGUAUUUUUAGAUCAUAAAAAAUGUGUAUUUUGAUAUCAUGAUCUAAUUUAAAUAAAAAAAGAAAUAUUUGUUGUCAUCUCGUUCAUGAGCACUUUGUUGUUGGUUAAUUUCUUAUUACAGGUACUAUUUUACGCCAAAUGCAACCUAAUUUGUAUCAGAAUUUCAUAUUGUAAAGUACAAAUAGUCCAUGUAAAUCAUUCUAGGAUAUACCAAUGAUCAAUGUCAUAUUAAUAACCUACCUGAUUUAUAAAUCAUAAAUUUGUAGGUCUUGAAAAUAAAUGACUAAUUAACAAAAAGAUGUGUUUUGAUGGACGGUGUCGAUUGAUCGAAGUCAUGUUUUGGUUAGCAUGAAAUGGUCAGCGGCGGAUCCAGGAUCGAGUAGAGCACUGGACCAUAUUUUAAAAAAGGUGAAUAGGGUUGGGUCGUAACACGACAAACAUUGAAACAAACAUCGAAAAUCGAAAAUUUACAAGUGUUAUACUAGCUCUGGAUCGAGGGAGGGCUGGGCCAUGGCCCGGGGGCGACCCCCUAGAUCCGCCGCUGGAAAUGGUACAAUCCAACACCGACAUUGGAGCAAAUGCUUAAGACCAAAAGCUUGAGUAAGUUGAUAGGAUGCUUACGGGAUUUGAUAGGGUAUCAUAGUGACUAAGGAAUUAAUACCAUAGCUAAUGACAUGGAGAAGGGAAGAAGACAAGAGGAAAAAGACAAGGCUGGGGGACAAGAGACAAGCCCAGGCACCUGACAUCAGCAAGGACAAGGGGCAGGGGGACACCCUCUGCCAAAAGGACUAUGAACAGUGUCAGAGAGUCUGAGGCGCCCGACCAGAGCAUUUAUGGCUUGGCAGGCGCCCAGACCACUACCUAACCCUCAAAUGUGUAUAAAUAGGAGCUCUCUCCUCAUAAAUGGCAAUCCAUCUACACUUACUACUGCUUCUCUCUACUUUCUCUCUCUAUACACUUCUUCUCUUCUCUUAUUUCGGACGAGGAGGGGCGCCUACCCUUUCAAGGUCAUGGCUGACACCCCAAACCCCUUGGACCCGAGUGACGCCCAGUCGCCCGGGCUCAAACAAUUGGCGCCCACCGUGGGGCCAAGCAUGACUUUGAAAGACGCUUCCAACUCAAAGAAGGGAGAAGAAAGGAGUCCGGUACCAACAAAGACCCCUCUCAAGCAAGUGGUUGGGCGCGAGGCGAUCAACCCCCAACCGCUCACCAUCCAAGGCUUAGAAGUGUCCGAUGACGAUGCCCCACCAGGAGACGGAGAAGGCGCCGAGCGCCUAGAGGAGCAACUAACGGAGCUUCGGAAAAAGCAAGCGCUCCAAAUGGCAAACAUGCAAGGCCAACUAGACCAAGUCAUGACCGCGUUAACGGCACUAACAAAGGUCAACGACCAGGCGCCUCCGAACCCCCAAUAAGCCAUGGAAGAGAGGAGGCGCCUCCGAGGGAAGAUGCAGGAGGUUGAGGCGGCACCCACAAACUCCCCACGGGAGGGUGUGGGCGCCUUGCCAAAUGAAGAUGCAAUGGAAGCUGACACCGACAUCUACAUGGAGAAGUACGCUCGGCUUAACUACGGCGCCUCGGAAGACAGGAGUGCCCAAAUUAUUAAGCAGCCAUUGUCAAAAGGGGUACUCGAAACACCAAUCCCAUCAAACUUCGCAAGCAUCGGCCUACCCUCAUACGACGGAAAAUCUGACCCAGAAGAUCACCUAAGUACGUUCUGUCGCAAAAUGCAACUCCUCAAUGCGUCCGACGCUGCUUUGUGCAAGGCAUUCCCCUCAACCUUCACCGGGGGAUGCAGUAGUUGGUACUCCUCACUCCCAGAGGGCAUCAUUCAGAGUUUUUCUCAAUUCGCUUUGUUAUUUACAACAAAGUAUGCAAGCCAAAAGAAACAAACGCUGACGGUCCGUGCGCUUGUCAAUCUUAAACAAAGGAAGGGAGAGAGCCUCAGGCACUUCAUGGGGCGAUGGUGGGAAGUCGCGGCUGACGUCAAAGACUUAACCCCUCCACUCAUGCGCACCAAUUUAAUGGAUGCAAGUACUAACGAAGAACUAAGGCGCUCCCUAGCCAAACGAGAGAUACGACAGGUGGCUGAGUUAGAGGAAAAGAUUCAAAAAGCAAUCCUCAUGGAGGAGGCGCUAGGGGCAAAGGAAGAGGAGCAGGGAAGUGGGACUAGGCGCCCAGCUCAGAAUGGAAGGGGCGAGGCGCCCAGGACCAGAAGGAGGAGUCCCGAUCGACGAGACGAUGCCCGACGUCCCAAUGUCUGGGUAAGAAGGGACGUUCUUGCAAAUUCACAAGAGCCUCGUCGAGACCGAACCAACCGCGAAAAUGCAAACCAACCUCGAGGGCAAGCAGAUAUGUACUGCGAGUACCACAACUCUCGCACCCACAACACCGUUGACUGUCAUUAUUUCAAAAAAGCACUUAAGAUAAUCUCUGAUCGGAGAGGAGUAAGGGAAAUGUUCCAAAAAGCUGAACAAGGAAAUCGAUCCCCUCGGGAGCGCAGUCGCUCUCCAGCCGCAAGACCACCAGUACAGGAGCGUCUGGGUCCUAACCCAAACGUUAAAGAGAUAAGAACCAUCACAGGAGGGGAGCCCAACCGAAAGAAGAAGCGCAAAGGGCAAGCGAGUGACACAUGGUGUAUGAAGAUCGCAAAGCAAGAGGGUCCCGGCUUGUCAUUUACAUCACAAGAUUAUCCCCCGGAGGGCCCGUCUGAAAAUCCCCUUGUCAUCAACAUACAGGUGGAAGGGUAUAAGGUGUUCCGAGUACUGGUAGAUAGUGGGAGCUCCGCUGACAUACUGUUCUAUUCCUGCUGGCGCCAAAUGCAAGCACCUCCCGAGGUCAUGAAAACCUCAGAAGCUCAACUUGUCGGCUUUUCUGGAGCAAAGGUAAAGGUACUAGGGACUGCGCGCUUAAGAGUCAAGGUAGGAGACGAGGAACCAAGUGCCACGCACCCGGUGGACUUCCACAUUGCCGAUUGCCCGUCCGCAUAUAACGCCAUCCUAGGGAGGCCCUUCCUAGCUCGGUUCGGAGCUGUAGCGUCAACCUGCCAUCAGGCGAUGAAAUUCCAAACGCCCCAGGGAAUGGGGAUAGCCAGGGGAGAUGCGAAGACAGCAAAAGCGUGCUAUGCGGCGACCAUUCACAAGCCAAAAAUACAUACGAUCGACGCUAGACCGACAGAAGUACCACGUCCUGGAGCAGUUGAUUCAGAGAUAGAACUACCAUUAGACCCUGACGACCCGAGCCGGGUUGUCCGACUCUCCGCUCAUCUACCAGAGCACAUGCGUCUCCCAAUGGUCAACCUGCUAAGGGAGUACGCUGAUCUGUUUGCUUGGAGCCCCGAAGACAUGCCGGGUGUCUCUAGGGAUCUUAUGGAACACAAACUCUCCGUCAAACCGGAGAGCGUACCAGUGCAACAAAAAAGGAGGGGAGCAUCGUUGGCAAGGAGGGUGGCCAUGAUGGAAGAAGUACAGAAGCUGCUUAAGGCAGGUUUUAUUAGAGAAGUGCAGUACCCGAAAUGGUUGGCAAACACAGUAUUGGUCAAGAAACACAAUGGGACAUGGCGAAUGUGCAUCGACUUCACCUCGCUAAACAAAGCAUGCCCGAAGGACCCAUAUCCACUACCAAGGAUUGACCAGUUAGUCGAUGCUACCUCAAAUCAUGAGAUGUUAAGUUUUCUUGACAUGUUUUCAGGGUACCACCAGAUCCCUCUAAGCGAAGAGGAUCAAGAAAAAACAGCUUUCAUGACCCCAUACGGGAACUACUGCUAUAUAGUGAUGCCAUUCGGCUUAAAGAAUGCGGGCGCUACCUAUCAGAGAAUGGUGGACAAGGUCUUUGGAGGGCAGAUAGGACGGAAUGUGGAAGCAUACGUGGAUGAUGUAUUAAUCAAAAGUAAGAAAGAGGGUGACCACCUAAGCGACUUAAGGGAGACGUUUGAGAACCUGAGGUGUCACAAUCUGAAGCUUAACCCCCUCAAGUGCGUGUUCGGGGCAGGGGCGGGUCAAUUCUUAGGCUUCAUGAUCACUCGCCGUGGUAUUGAGGCUAAUCCGAAACAGAUAAAGGCAAUUGCCGAACUCAAGUCGCCAAGAACAGUAAAGGAAGUACAGGGAUUAGCAGGUAAACUCGCUGCGCUCAAUAGAUUCAUUCCAAGGUCAGCGGAUAGGUGCGCCCCCCUCUUCAAUUCUCUAAAGAAAAAAUCCAAGUUCAAAUGGACGGAAGCAUGUGAGAAAGCAUUCGAGGAGAUGAAAACACUGCUGGUAAACCCUCCUAUCCUUGUGGCUCCACAAGAGGGAGAGCGUUUGUUCCUUUACAUUGCCAUAUCAGACGUAGCUAUCAGUGCGGUGCUCGUCAGGCGUCACUCUGAAACUCUUGCAGACCAGCCAGUGUACUACAUCAGCAAAACGCUCUUACCAACUGAAAGGAGGUACCCAAUCAUUGAGAAGGCAGCUCUGGCAUUGGUAACUGCCGCCCAAAAACUGAGACCUUAUUUUCAAGGGCACACGGUCACCGUACUGACCAACCUACCAAUGAAGAGAAUUCUGCAUAGUACGAGUGCUUCAGGACGCUUAACUAAAUGGGCAGUUGAGCUAAGUGAGUUUGACAUACAAUACGCUCCUCGCCCUUCCAUCAAAGCCCAAAUCCUGGCAGACUUCGUAGCAGAGGGUACGAUCGAGCCUACAGGAACCGAUGAAGGGAGGUGGAAGCUGUUCGUUGAUGGAGCGGCAAGUAAGACAGGCGCAGGCGCCGGCAUAGUCUUGGAAACACCAGGUGGUGUCACACACGAAGUAGCCUUGCGAUUCUCGACACUCAAGACCAACAACGCGACCGAAUACGAAGCACUAAUCAAUGGCAUGCGCAUUGCGGAGGAGUUAGGGGCGAGGCGCCUAGAUGUUUUUUCUGACUCCGCAUUGGUGGUUCGACAGGUGCUGGGAGAAUUCGAAGUCAAGGAAGAUUGUUUGCUGCGCUACGUGGAAGAGGCAAAGAAGAGAGCACAGGUUUUCGAGGAUUGGAAACUGUCCCAUAUAGCACGAGGGGAUAACGCGCAUGCAGAUGCGCUUUCCAAGCUAGCUACCGCUGUGGACUUUGAGGAGGAGCGACAUGUAAUUGUCGAGAAGGAAAGCCCAAGCACCCCAGGAAUAGGGGUGAAUAGUGUUAAUGUCGGUCAGGAAGAGCAGGAUUGGAGGGUUCCAAUCGUUGAAUACCUCAUGAAUGAUACCCUUCCAACAGAUCCAAAAGAAGCCACGGGAGUAAGAAGGCGAGCGGCGCGUUGUACCAUCAUCGGCUCGGAACUACACCGACGGUCGUACGAAGGAGUAUACCUUAGGUGCCUGGGAAAGGCUGAGGCAAAGUGGGCUCUCCAUGAGAUUCACGAGGGCAUGUGCGGUGGACAUGGAGGGCCGAGAAGCUUGGAAAGAACGCUUAAAUUGCAGGGGUACUACUGGCCAACCAUGAGGAAUGAUGCGAAGCAACUCACUAUGGCAUGUCAUGCAUGCCAAACCCAUGCCAAAGAACACCACCUCCCAGCUACGGCAAUGCAAGGAAACGUCAGUCCCUGGCCCUUUGCCCAAUGGGGAAUGGACCUAGUAGGACCUUUCCCCAAAGCUUCGGGAAAAAGGAAAUACCUUAUCGUGGCAGUAGACUAUUUCACGAAGUGGAUCGAGGCUGAGCCAUUGGCCACUAUCACGGCGAAACAAGUCGAAAGAUUCGUCUUCAACAACAUACUUGCGCGAUUCGGUAUUCCCAAUUCCAUCGUCACUGAUCAUGGCAAGCAAUUUGACUGCACAUCCUUCGCAGACUUUUGUCAAGAAUACAAUAUCCAGCUCAAGCUCUCAUCCGUGGCAUACCCAGAAGCGAAUGGACAGGCGGAAGCAGCAAACAAAACCAUACUUCAAGGACUCAAGAAGCGUCUCCAGGAGCAUAAGGGAAAUUGGGUAGAGGAACUCCCCCACGUACUAUGGGCGCUGCGCACCACUCCAAAAAGCUCUACGGGUGAAACUCCAUUCGCCCUAACUUUUGGUGCGGAAGCGGUAACUCCCACGGAAGUUGCGUUGCCCACCCUGCGGGUCCAAUACUUCAACGAAGAGAACAAUGUCAGCAUGGCUCAUGAACUGGACAUGCUAGAUGAGAGAAGGGUAGGAGCACUUCGGAAGCUGGUAGAGGACAAAGAGCAGCUGGCAAAAUACUAUAAUUCAAAACUAAAGCCCCACCACAUCGAAGAAGGAGACCUUGUGUUGAGAAAGGUAUUUCGUCCUAACCCCAAUCAUGGAAAGUUGGCUGCUAAAUGGGAGGGACCUUUCGUCGUAAGGGAAGUGAUAGGACCAAGCACUUUCAAGCUCGCCACCAUGGAAGCAGAACGUGUCAGCAAAACCUGGAACGCAAGGCAUCUGAGAAAGUACGUGUGCGAGCAAGAAGCACAAGAAGAGUAAUCGGAAGAUUAACAUUUUGUAGGGAGGAGGAGCGCUCUCAAAGAGGCGUAGCCCGAAGACACCCUAGGGAAGACUCAAGUGUUGUUUUCUUUUCUGCUUUACUUCAAAGGUAGACAUGUUUUGUAGGGAAGAGGGAUGCUUUCAAAGGGGGGUAACCCAAGGACACCCUAAGAGAGUCUCUUUCGUUCGGUUUUAAUUUGUAAUAUUCGGAAUUUUCGGGUAAAGGGACACAUCCUGGCAACACCCCAGGUAAUCCCCUAUCUGGCUAAAAGAAUGAAGAUGCACUAUUCAGCAAAGCAAAGUUGUUCCUAUAUCAGCAGGUAAAGUCUCCGCCAACUCGGUUUCUCCGCCAAAGAGAAGCCCAAACGUAUCACCUCCUUUUCAGGAGUACACGUAGAAAAAAUCAAGCUCGGCUCAAGAUAGUCUUCCCGCAGACCGUCGGAGAAACCCCCAAUGCUUACACUUGGUGCCCAUCCAAGUAUCGGGCGCUCGUUGUACGAGUCCCCAUGAGAGGCGAUAAAAUUGAUAUCCCUCGCAAAAAUUCCUGCCUCGGCAGAAGGGGUCACCCAAACCCGCUUCCUCCGUCGAGGAGAAGCCUUGACGCGUUGCUUCUUUUUCAAGAAUACGCAUGGGAGACCCAAAAUUUGCUUCCUCCGUCGAGGAGAAGCCCAGAUGCGUUACUUCUUUUUCAAGAAUACGCAUGGGAGACCCAAAACUUGCUUCCUUCGUCAAGAAGGAGCCUAGACACGUUACUUCUUUUUCAAGAAUACGUGAGACCUGAAACUUGCUUCCUCCGUCAAGGAGAAGCCUAGACGCGUUACUUCUUUUUCAAGAAUACGCGUGGGAGGCCCAAAACUUGUUUCCUUCCUCAAGAAAAAGCCUAAGCACGU